UUCUGGCUCGGCUUCAUCGAGGGUGGGAGUGGAAGACCAACUUCCCUUCCAGUCUGAGCCACCUAUCAAACUCUCCAACCUGUACAAGGUGGAGGUCUUUAAACGACGGCCAACAGGGACACGGUGGUUAUCUCUGUGGCCUGUCCUUGGUACAGCAAAGGGACGGCAAAGGUGUUACUUAAGUUACAACUCCUUUGUAAAUCAAUUGGGAGGUGUGGGACUUCCAUCACGGUAACCUUUCUUCAGCCCCUUCAAUCGACACAAACUUACCGGAAGUUUGUUUUAUUAACUUCAGAUAUUUCCGAGACUGGAUGCACAUCAUUGAAUCUCAGCGUCAUUUUGUAGCGAACUUUCAGAUCUUUGUAUUUUAGAUAGGAAAAAGUUGAGUUAAUCUUUGUUAAAUUCACACUGCUCGCUGGACUAGAAGGAGGAAAAUAGAUACCCCACCCACACAUUAAAAUGUUUGGUCCUGUGUUAUUCUCAUUAAAAUCUUCUAACUUUGAGAAAGAUUCGUUUCCAGCUUGAGGCUGUGCAGGAUUAACUUGCUUUAGGGUCAUUUGGACCUGGGAGUGUGGGAGGCAAGAAUUCAAACUCUCAGAAUCCCCAAAGCCUGACAUUCUGAACUGGCAGCCAGAAGGACAAGAGGCGUUAGGCCUUUUAGAAACAUUUCCGCCAUGUCUGACACUCAAGAAGCUACCAACCAACUCCUGGAUAUGAACCUUCAUGAGGAGAGCGAGAAGCCUGUGCCCGCAAUGGAAGGUGGCAUCAGAAGUGAGUCUGAGCAUCUCCGGGUCACUAUUGGAGCCACUGUACCCACUGGCUUUGAGCCAACAGCUGCAGAUGAAGUGAGAGAGAAACUGAAGUCACCAUGCAGAAUCAGCAAAGACCGGGGCAAGAUAUAUUUUGACAUUGCAGUGGAAAGUCUGGCUCAGGUUCAUUGUCUGAGAUCCGUUGAUAACUUGUUUGUGGUUGUUCAGGAAUUUAAGGAUUACCAGUUCAAAAAUACAAAGGAAGAAGUUCUAAAAGACUUUGAAGAAUUGGCUGGAAAGCUCCCAUGGUCUGACCCUUUAAAAGUCUGGCAAAUUAACACCAGUUUCAAGAAGAAGAAAGCAAAGCGCAGAAAGGCAAGUCAGAGUGCAGGUCAAGAGAAGGCCAACUGUGGCCAAGGAGACAAAGCAGAAGAGACAGGCGGUAAGAAGCUUUCCAGCAGCACUUCAGAAUCACAUAUCUUGGACUAUUAUGAAAAUCCAGCCAUCAAAGAAGAAAUAUCAACCUUAGUGGGCGAUGUCUUGUCAUCUUGCAAAGAUGAGACUGGUGAAUGCUUAAGAGAAGAAACUGAGCCACAAGUACAAAAGUUUAGAGUCACCUGCAACAGAGCAGGAGAGAAACAUUGCUUUACCUCAAAUGAGGCUGCGAGGGAUUUUGGGGGUUCUGUUCAAGAGUAUUUUAAGUGGAAAGCUGAUAUGACCAACUUCGAUGUAGAGGUUCUCCUGAACAUCCAUGAUAAUGAAGUCAUUGUUGGCAUUGCAUUGACAGAGGAGAGUCUCCAUCGCAGAAAUAUUACACAUUUUGGACCAACAACUCUUAGGUCAACUCUUGCCUAUGGGAUGCUCAGGCUCUGUGAACCUAAACCUACUGAUGUAAUAGUAGAUCCAAUGUGUGGAACAGGGGCAAUACCAAUAGAGGGUGCUACUGAGUGGUCUCACUGUUACCAUAUUGCUGGGGACAACAACCCACUGGCAGUGAACAGAGCAGCAAAUAAUAUCUCAUCUCUAUUGACUAAGAGCCAGAUUAAAGAUGGAAAAACAUCCUGGGGUUUGCCCAUUGAUGCUGUGCAGUGGGAUAUAUGCAACCUCCCACUGAGAACUGCUUCUGUGGAUAUUAUUGUAACAGAUAUGCCAUUUGGAAAAAGGAUGGGCUCCAAGAAGAGAAAUUGGAAUCUAUAUCCAGCUUGCCUUAGGGAAAUGAGCCGUGUCUGUAGACCAGGGACAGGCAGAGCUGUACUGCUUACUCAGGACAAGAAAUGUUUUACCAAGGCAUUAUCUGGAAUGGGACAUUUGUGGCGAAAGGUCCAUACGGUCUGGGUGAACAUCGGGGGCCUUCAUGCUGCAGUUUAUCUUCUAAAACGCACAACUCAAGUCUUUAUUCAUCCUUCAGAACAAGAUGGAGAAAGACACCCUCCUUGGUAAAAGGAAAAAAUGAAGAGGAAUGUAGUAUUUAAAGUUCCUAAUGCUGGACAUGCAGUAUAAAGAACUUGCUUUGGAAGAAAAAUAGCAGAAAAGUAACUUAGUAUUACAGUCUUUACUGCUCAACUAUUCCAGACGCUUUUUUGUUAACAAAGUGAAGAAGGUAAUGGUAAUUCCUGAGAGGCCUACAUUGCUUGGCUUCUAGGUUUGAGAACACUUCAGGCCAUGUUCUGUCAGCUGUGCAGCCUACUGUUCUGUAGCCUAAAUUCUUUAUGACACCCUCAGAAACUAAAGCAUCCCUGCAGACCUACAGUUUACCAUCUGCCUUAAAAUAAAUACAACCAAAACAGGACAUUACUAAGUAGUAGAAGCGUCAGUAGAAGUAUGGGACCAACAAAGCCAAAUAAAAGGAAUUUUUCUUUUAGUAUAUUUAUUACAUUUCAAAGCCCAAUAAACAAAUAAUAAACUAAUCCUGUUAGUGUUUGU